AAAACCAUAUAGUUCGUAACGCCAUCAUCUUCUCCAUGAAAUCUAACGCCCCUCCUAGUUCUUUUCACCGGCCACCUUAUCUUACAUCAAAAGAUUCACAACACAUCACCAUCAACUUUCCAAAUCCCCAUCUUUGAUCUCAUCCAUGAUAUUCACAACCCUUUGCAAGCAGUAGAAGUUGCAGACUCCCCUCUGCAGAUCAAUAUAUGCAAUGCCAAGCCCUUCAAUCCCACGUUCUUCCUAUAUAUCCCCAACUCUGCCACACUGAUAUGCUCCCUCCUCCGGCUCGCUCUGUGUGUUCAGCUCCCAUAUCGAAAGUACUAACUUCGAAGCUCUCGUGGGGGCAAAAAAUACAAAGAUUUAUCGGGAGGAGGAGUGACUUGGACUUGACACAAGAGAGUCUGGAGCACCACAACCGGAGACAGGAGACUCUCGAUCGUGAGCUUCAAAAGAGGGUACAGGAAAUUAGUUUUCAUGAGGCCUUCAAUUCCGAGCUUGAGACCAGAUAUAGUCCAUACUACAUUCGAGGACUCACAUAUCCGGCAGCUCUUGUAACUCCUAGUACUGGACCAGGCGAAAGCCAACCAUGGCUAAAUGCAUGGUUUGGAAGAACAAGAAACUACUAAGCAUUGGUGAUGCUUCCAAUAGAAUUCCAGUAGUCUUGGCUUAUCGCAAUGGUUGUUUGGAUAUGACUCGCUAUCUAUAUAGUGUCACUCCAAGGGAAGAUCUAAUGCCGGAGACGGGCCCAAAUGGCUCUACAAUCAUUUCGCAAUGUUUUAUUGAUCAAAAAUAUGAUAUUGCAUGGGGUUUAAUACAGCGUUUCCCACGUUUGAUCAUUUCUAGAGACCACUAUGGGGUAACACCUUUAUAUGCAUUGUCUGGUGUGCCAUCGCUCAAUUUCUGGCAACGAUGGAUCUAUGAGUGUAUAAAGAUACAACCUGCUCCUUUGGCUGGCAAUGAUAUUUAUAUAAAUGUUGUUAAUAUGGAAAAUGAUGAAGGUAUUCAAAGAGAUUUUCACUCAGUUUCAGGUGUUUUUCAUAUGCUACUUACAAAUUUUCUCAGGAUAUUUGGAAUAAAUUACCACAUACACAAAAUGAAACUGAGUCAUGUCCGAUCUUCUGUGUUUUUGGAUCUCAUGUGCGACAUGAUAACAGAUUUAGAUAGGACUAAAAUGCAAAAGGCCUGUGUAUAUGAAGCUAUUUUCCAAGCAGUCGAACAAGGGAUUCCCGAGUUCCUUAUUCGUAUAUUCAAGACAAAACCAGAACUUGUGUGGAGCACAAAUGAAAAAGGAAGGAGUAUUUUUCAUUAUUCCAUUGAACGUCGUCAAGAAAAAAUUUAUAGCCUUAUAUAUGGGCUUCCUAUGAAAGAUGCAUUUGCAACUCUUGUAGAUACCUCCAACAAUAACAUGCUACAAAUGGCAGCAAUGUCUUCACCUUUUGGGCAGCUUACUCGUAUCACUGGUGCAGCUCUGAAAAUGCAGAGGGAACUCCAAUGGUUCAAGGAGGUAGAAACUACUGUGCCACCCCAAUAUCUGGAAAGUACAAAUCUGACAGAUUACAAGAGACCACGCAAUUUAUUUUUCGUGCACCACAAGAAGUCGGUGGAGGAGGGAGAAAAGUGGACGAAAGACACUGCAGGUUCUUGUUCUGUUGUAGGUGCACUUAUUGUAACCAUAAUGUUUGCCGCCGCUUUCACAGUUCCUGGAGGAAAUAAUGGAGUUACAGGCUUUCCCAUAUUCGUUGAAGACAAGUUAUUUAGUCUAUUUAUAAUUUCAGAUGCUGUAUCACUGUUUUCUUCUACAACUUCGUCAUUGUUGUUUUUGGAAAUCCUUAGAUCACGGUAUGCAGAAGAGGACUUCAUCGUAUCCUUGCCAAGAAAGAUUUUAAUAGGCCUUAUGGCACUGUUUCUCUCUAUUGCAAUUUGCAACCAUGAUGCUAGCAUUUUGCGCUGCCCUUAUCGUUGUGCUUCGAGGAAAACCGUGGACUGUGUUUCCAGUUAUUUCUCUUGCUAUUGUUCCAGUGAGCUUAUUUUCUUACAUGAAAGUUCCACUCUUUGUUGAGAUUUUCAAUAAUACAUAUGGCUCAAGAGUAUUCAAUAGGAAAGUCCAACCCUGGUAUGAAAUUAAAUGACGAUGAUGUGAGAUGAACAGAUGAACAUGCAUCACAUUAAUUGUCUUUUCGCUUCUAACAUGUAUAGGAUUUAAACCUUUUUUAUCUGUCAUUCUUGUGUAAGGUCUUGUUAUUAUUCUUCUUAUGACAUGGAUGGAGCAGCGUAUAUGCUGUCAUUUUCUUCAA